UCUCUGAGCAAGAUGGCUGGGGGUGAGGUUGGAAUGACUCUCGGGCAGCCACAUCUUUCCCGACAGGAUCUCGCCACAUUGGAUGUUACUAAGUUGACACCACUUUCACAUGAAAUUAUCAGCAGACAAGCUACAGUUAAUAUUGGCACAAUUGGUCAUGUAGCUCAUGGGAAGUCCACCGUGGUGAAGGCUAUUUCUGGAGUUCACACUGUCAGAUUCAAAAAUGAGCUAGAAAGAAACAUUACAAUCAAGCUCGGAUAUGCUAAUGCUAAGAUUUAUAAACUUGAUGACACAAGUUGUCCUAGACCAGAAUGUUAUAGAUCAUGUGGAAGCAGUACACCAGAUGAGUUUCCUACAGACAUUCCAGGGACCAAAGGGAACUUCAAAUUAGUCAGGCAUGUUUCCUUUGUUGACUGUCCUGGCCAUGAUAUUUUGAUGGCUACGAUGCUGAAUGGUGCAGCAGUGAUGGACGCAGCUCUUCUGUUGAUAGCUGGUAACGAAUCAUGCCCUCAGCCCCAGACUUCCGAACACCUGGCUGCCAUAGAAAUCAUGAAACUCAAGCAUAUUUUGAUCUUACAGAAUAAAAUUGAUCUGGUAAAAGAAAGUCAGGCUAAGGAACAAUAUGAGCAAAUUCUCACAUUUGUGCAAGGAACGGUAGCAGAAGGGGCGCCAAUUAUUCCGAUUUCUGCUCAGCUGAAGUAUAGCAUUGAAGUUGUCUGCGAGUACAUAGUGAAGAAGAUACCUGUGCCGCCAAGAGACUUUACCUCAGAGCCCCGCCUCAUUGUUAUCAGGUCAUUUGAUGUCAACAAACCUGGCUGUGAAGUCGAUGACCUUAAGGGAGGUAUUCUAAAAGGAGUGUUAAAGGUAGGCCAGGAAAUAGAAGUCAGACCCGGGAUUGUCUCCAAAGAUAGUGAAGGAAAACUCAUGUGUAAACCAAUCUUUUCCAAAACUGUGUCACUUUUUGCCGAACAUAAUGAUCUUCAGUAUGCCGCCCCAGGUGGUCUCAUCGGAAUUGGAACAAAGAUCGACCCAACUUUGUGCCGAGCUGACAGAAUGGUGGGACAAGUGCUUGGUGCAGUUGGAGCUUUACCCGAAAUAUUCACAGAACUGGAAAUUUCCUAUUUCCUGCUUAGACGGUGUACGUACUGGGUGUACGUACUGGGUGUACGUACUGAAGGAGACAAGAAAGCAGCGAAGGUUCAAAAGCUGUCUAAGAAUGAAGUGCUUAUGGUCAACAUAGGGUCCCUGUCAACAGGAGGAAGAGUUAGUGCUGUCAAGGCUGAUUUGGACAAAAUUGUUUUGACCAAUCCUGUGUGCACAGAAGUAGGAGAAAAAAUUGCCCUUAGCAGAAGAGUUGAGAAACACUGGCAUUUAAUUGGUUGGGAUAAGAAGAUAAGAAGAGGAGUGACCAUUAAGCUGACUAUAGAUGAUGACUGAAGACUUCAAGUUACACAAUGCCUUGGGAUGGAGUUGGAAUUUCUUUUAAUAGCCUAGGGGUAUAUUUUCAAAGCAAUACUAGGGAGAAUUAACUUCAUCGCUCAUUACCUUACUAUUCUUAUAUUUUAGCGAUGAAAAUGUAACCUCUACUUUUUUUCUUUUUAUUGAUUCCUUGUUUCACAUCAUGUAACUCAGUCCUGCGCAUCCCCUCCAAUCCAACCUUUGCCCUUGCAACCUCCCCCAAAAUAAAUAGCACACAGAUAGCAACCAAACAU